UCCACGCCCGUGCAAUGACGUCACGUAUUUGCGGAAGUAACCCGUUUCAUCAACAAACACGUCCGCGUACUCCCAAGCGAAGAGCACAUUUUAGCCUACAUCAGAGACGUGGGAGACUUCUUUAAGGACACCGAUCGUGGCUUUGUUGACAGAAGCAGGCAAAGACGCUCGGGUCGUUCUUCAGUCCUGUCCUCACGUUUGGGUGGUAUCAGCACGGCUUCCCCUUCCUGUGUCGAAUGCUGAAGAGAGCGAGGAGUCCGAGGCCAAGGGGCUGCCAGUCGCCUUCUGCAUCCAGGUGCUCGGAAUUCCCGACUUCCGGAGAAGGGUUGAACGCAGCAAGCUGAUUGAAUGGAAGAAGGCCAGGGAGAGAGUCGUCUGAUUAGUCUGGGCCAGACCAGGCCUCCUGCAAGAGACUACAGCAGCCACACCGUUAGCACAGUGCAAGGUCAUGGUCCCAGGUUGUCAAAGAUAAACCUGCUCAGCUUGUUGAGUUUGUGGCUGGAACUGUUCCCACAGGAGCAACCUGGAGAAGAAGAGCAGUACCGCAAUGUGGGUCUAGCGGUGGUUCGGGACUCUAAAGUGGUGGGACUCCACUACUCCGGACAUGAGCUCCACGCGGGACAGGCAGCCAUCAUCCAACAUGGCGCCCGUCUGGCUGACUGUCAGCUGUACUUCUCCAGGCGACCGUGCGCCACCUGCCUGAAGAUGAUCAUCAAUGCUGGAGUGAGUCAGAUCUCCUUCUGGCCUGGAGACCCUGAGUGCAGCAUGCUGAGGUCCAGCCCCCACGGUCCUCCCAUCCCAGAGGAAGCCAUGCUGGAUGCCAUGGCGACCGAGAAGCUGAAGUCCAACAGCCGCUCCCACAUAUGCUUGCUCCUCCAGCCUCUAGCUCCUGGCAUGGUGCAGUUUGUUGCUGAGACAUCCAGAGAGUGUGACUUCAUGGCGGGAGCUGCUGCUGAUGAUCUCGGCCUGAACAUAGAGGAACUCUUUAGCAGGGAACAGGAGAAACACUUCCAGGACUUCUCCAAGCAUUUUCUGAUAGAGAGCCCCCAUCAGCACAGAGAGAUUUUGACUCUUAUGCAUCUGGAGAACUUCUGCGUGGAACCUUACUUCUCCAAUCUGAGACACAACAUGAAGGAAGUGGUGGAAGUUCUGGCUGCCGUGGCGGCCGGGGUGCCACAGCGACACUGCAGCUUUCACCAGGAACCCUUCGUCACUGAUGCAUCAUUAAUGUCAUCGCCCCCUCGCCACGAGGGCGUGUCCCAAGAAGUUGCCCUUCAUUGCAUCAUCCAAGCCAGGCUCUUGGCGUAUCGGACAGAGGACCCUAAGGUGGGCGUCGGUGCAGUUAUUUGGGCCCACGGACAGUCGGGUGUCCUUAAUGGCCCCGGUGGUCUGUCCUUAGUGGGCUGCGGGUAUAACGCUUACCCAGCGGGUUCGCAGUACGCCGAGUACCCCCUCAUGGACGACAAGCAGGAGGACAAACGGCGGCGCAAGUACCGAUACAUUAUCCAUGCAGAGCAGAACGCCCUAACCUUCAGAACUCGAGACAUCAACCCUGAAGAAGCCACCAUGCUGUUUGUAACAAAAUGUCCCUGCGACGAGUGCGUUCCUCUGAUUCGAGGCGCCGGCGUCACACACAUCUACACCAAUGACCACGACAGCGAUCGAGACAAAGGCGAGAUUUCCUACCUCCGCUUCAGCAACCUGAAGGGCAUCCAGAAGUUCAUAUGGCAAAAGGACGCCGUCGCUUCUUCUAACGUCACCACCAACGGUUAUGCCGGCAAGCGCAGGAGGGCGGAGGCGCAGGGGAAGCCCGGCGUCAAGAAGCUACGCAACAACUUGGAGUCUGUGAGCUGAGAAUCAACCCGAGCACGCCGGACCUGGACCUCCUCUUCCAUCAGCACCAGUUUUUAUCUGGUAGCCCACAAUCGUAUGAUGACAAUGGGAUUGAGAACACACCACAUUGACUUCAUCACUAAGAAGCAGCCGAUACAUACAAUCACAGUGGAACCUCGGUUAGGGUCCGCCCCGGUUAGAGUUCUUCUUGGUUAAUGUUCAUCAUUUAUUUCAUUCUGUUUAGCAUGCGUCUUAUUUAGUUAUUAAUACACCGCAUGAGUCCAAUGUGUUUUUCCAUUUAAAUUAUGUAUACUUUUAAUUGAUUUGUAUUAUUUAGAUUUAACAAUUACAUUAUAAUUUAUAAGUACAUAUACGUAUGUACAAUUAAUCUAAACACAUACAAAUGACCAACGAAAGAUUACUUUUACCUGAAAGCGGUUGGAAAGACACCCGAAACUAAAAGCAAAGCAGAAGCCAAAUAAUACAAAACAAAAUACUUUUGCACUUUUGCAUUAUUUAAACUGAUCAAAAAUAUAUUUUAAAGUAUAUUAUUUUAAUAUUAAAACGAUUGCCCUGAUAUGCAGAAAGAAGCCUUUCUGCGGCUUCAGUUAUCACUUUUUCAAAAAUGUAUAAAUAAAUCAUUGCAGUUGACUGCAGCCUAGUAAAACAUAUGCAUAUUCCAGCCAGUGUUGUUAUUUUUGGCCCAGAAUUAUACACUUAAGCAUAAACACAGCCAAUGGAGACGCAUGUUACGUGUCAGUCAUGUUACAUUACCAAAAAAUAAGCCUUUGCAGGAAGUACUGUACAGAAACAAGUCAAAAAAGAAAGGCUAAUGUGGGGUCUUACUGGGUAAUACAAGAGUAAAGGCAACUAUAGGGGUGUUAUUUCAAGGCUAGGGGGCUUUAAUGAUUAUAAAAACUGUAGAAGGUUCUAAAUUGGGUUUCUAUGCUCAAACAACAAAAAUAUAUAAAGAAUCCUACUUCGUGGAAAUUCACUUAUCACCAUUGGGUUUGUUACAAAUGACAUAACACAAAUUGUUGCGUUCCCGUCUUUUUUUUUUUUUAUUAUUGUCAGUGUGGUACACAAUACGGGGUGUGUGCAGUGGGGAGACACCCGGGAGAUAAUGUUUGGACUGCUUGGCAUCUCGCGCAAAGAAAAACAUCCACUGGUGAAUAAACCUGAUCCCUUAAAGCUUGUCUUUUAUUGG